GCCCCCGCCCCCGCCCGAUCUCCUGCCCGCGCCCGACCGCCUGCGGCCGGCAUGGAGGGGAACCGGGACGAGGCGGAGAGGUGCGUGCGCAUUGCGCGCGAGGCCCUGGGUGCCGGCGACCGCGGCAAGGCCCAGCGCUUCCUGCAGAAGGCCGAGCGGCUGUACCCGCUGCCCGCCGCGCGCGCACUGUUGGAAGUGAUUAUGAAGAACGGAAGCACUGCUGGAAGCAGCCCGCACUGCCGGAAGCCUGCGGGGGGCGGAGAGCAGAGCAAGACCAGCUGUACAAAGGAUAGCUCUGCUGGGGGCACAGAGAGUGGGAAGGCCUACACCCGAGACCAGGUGGAGGGCGUUCUCAGCAUAAACAAAUGUAAAAAUUACUAUGAAGUACUUGGAGUUACAAAAGACGCAGGUGAUGAAGAUUUGAAAAAAGCUUACAGAAAGCUUGCUUUGAAGUUCCAUCCAGACAAAAACCUCGCGCCUGGAGCAACAGAUGCAUUUAAAAGUAAACUUAAAGUAGGUAGUGUACAUUCAUUUUCAAAUGGCCGAACUGGUUAUAGCCAUCAACAUCAGCAUCGACACAGUGGACAUGAAAGAGAAGAAGAAAGAGGAGAUGGAGGUUUUUCUGUGUUUAUCCAGCUGAUGCCCAUAAUUGUAUUGAUCCUCGUGUCAUUAUUAAGCCACUUGAUGGUCUCUAAUCCUCCUUAUUCUUUAUAUCCCAGAUCUGGAUCUGGGCAAACUAUUAAAAUGCAGACAGAAAACUUGGGAGUGGUUUAUUAUGUCAACAAGGACUUUAAAAAUGAAUACAAAGGAAUGUUACUACAAAAGGUAGAAAAGAGUGUGGAAGAAGAUUAUGUGACUAAUAUUCGAAAUAAUUGCUGGAAAGAAAGACAACAAAAAACAGAUAUGCAGUAUGCUGCCAAAGUAUACCGUGAUGAUCGACUACGGAGGAAGGCAGAUGCCCUCAGCAUGGAUAACUGUAAAGAACUGGAGCGGCUGACCAGUCUAUACAAAGGGGGCUGAGCGGCUGGAGGCUAUACCUGUUAGCACACUCCUGAUCACUUCUGUAAAGUUAGUUUCAUCAAGAAAGCUGAAGAAAAGAUUUGAUAUGAACUGAAUAGUUGCUUUCUGAAAUCUUGGACUGUUUCUGACUUCUUGGUUCCUUUAAAUAGUAAGAAAUGAAAACUAAACUUAAUAUUUUAGUUGUGCUUCUGCAGUUACUUUUAUUUUAAGCUGAGACGAUUCCUAACAAAAAAUGUCUUGAGAAGGGAUUAUCAUACCUGUAGCGAUUUCUACUUUUAGUGGUUCUCCAUUUGUCAUGUAAAUAUUUAUGGAAUGAGCAUUUUGUGUACAUAUAGGUUAUUGCCUUUUGAAGUUAUUUUAGUGUUUGGCUCCAUGAAAUGCUUCUCUUAAAGUGAUGGAAUAAAUGUUGUAUGACACAAUUAAGUUUUCUGUAUCAGGUGUCAAGUAUAUGAAGUUUAAACAAUGAAACUUUUUCAAAUGGAAAAAAAACCCAAAAACUAUUUAAGUUUCUGUAAACUCUUAUGCAAUUAUCAGCUUAAAAGGAAUUAAUAUUUUUAAUAUUGCCAUUAUAUUCCAAACUAUGUACUGAUAUAAAUGAACUGGUGUAGAGUAUCAGUUUGCUAUUUAGUUUAUUGAAUUGCUAAGCCAUAUGUAGAAAUGAAAUGCUAUACUGAUAGAUUUUAAAGAAAAUAUGAGGAAAUGGCUAUAAAUAUUAAAUUGAGGGUCUUUAAUAAUAAAUUGUAUUUAUGCAUUUGAAAUCCUAAUAAUUAAAAGGACCCUAGUAUUCAUAUGUCUUGGAAGGCUGCUAACAUUUAUGAAGAAGACACCUAAUUUUCUGCCCAUAGUAAUUUGCAUUUUCUUAGUGAUCGUUUAACAGGAUCCAAAAGUAGAUAUAUUCUUCAACAAACAGUAAAAAAAUUACUACUCAAAUACUGCUUUGUGCCUUUUAACCCUACUGCCAACUUCUAAAUGUGUAUGUAGGUGACCAUUCAUUUAUUAACCAGGAUCUGUUUGGCCAUGUGCAACAGUGAGCAGAAAUAGAGCAGCAGGUAGAAUAGUGAAUUAUAGAGCAAGUCGCCCCUUAAAAGUCCUAAGAUACAAUCUAUUCAUGUUGAGGAACUCAGUCCUAUAGGAAUAAGCUCCUUAUAAUUAAAUCCAUAAUAUAAAUUAGAAAAAUAGCAGCUGGAAAUUGAAGUUUUUGGUGCCUAUAUAAUGAGUUUAGAAAUGUUUGAUUUUUAGUCUCCUGUGCUAGUAAUAUUUUAAUGAUUUUGCUUCAUAUUCAGUGGAAUAUGAACGUAUUUUUGGCAGUUUUUCUGUGAGCAAGGUAGAGUGGUAUUGUUACUUUGAAUAAUUUUUUUUUGGGGGGGGUAUAGUUGAUUUCUGAUACCUGUCAAGUAAAACUGCUGAAAUACUAUUCUCCUAAUAAUGUUCUCUUGUAUCCCCUUCCUAAGUAAAUCAGUAAAAAAGCCUAAUUAAAUUCAAGGUUAUAGUAAACAUAUUCUCAUAGGAAACGUGAACAACUUAACCCAUUUCUUUUAGAAAUGUGACCUUUAACAUAAUGCUUAAAAUAAAAAUGAAAUAUUUU